UUCUUCAACCUGGGAGUGCAACAUUCUCGUUCUCUAGCAGCUACCCAGCUGUACCAAGAGAAGUUAGCACAUGUAGUGGUGUCUUCAGCAUCCCCGUCUGUAGCACAAACUGCACAAGUCAGUCUACCGCAAGUUCCUCAGGUGCCUGGUGUUGGCAUUCUUCCUGCCGAAACGCAAGUUGGCCCUAGGACUAUGGAGCAAUACAUCAGUCAGCUCGGAAUUGCUGGACCGCAGGCCCAAGCACUGCUUCGACAAGCACAAUCGCAUCAUCUCGCACAGCAGGCGCAACUACUAGCAGCUGCAGCAUCUGUUCGUUUGCCGGAUCGUCCACAUCCUACUUACGGCAGUUCGAUCUUACCUCUGCAUGCUGAUCUUCUGCAGUUGGCCAGUCAAGUUCCUAUCUCUGUUUCAGCUGCUGUUUCUGUUGGACAGGUUUUGAAACCUGUUGCUGUUGGUGGGGGAAGCCAAGAUGCCGCAUUUUCUCCGCGACCUCCUCCAGUUGACCCGAGUCCUCCGAGAACAUUAGCCGACGCUUCAACUAGUAUCAUCGAUUCGAAUCCUUCUACGCUGGUUCAUCAACAGGCUCAAACAUCUCCGCCUGGAUCUAGUGAUCAACCACUUGAUAAGCGAGAUACGAUAGAAGCUCGUCCUCAGAGUGCGCGUGAGCAGUCGUCAUCAGCCAGUGCUGGAGCGCGAGUAACACCGCAGGUAUGA